AUGAAGCUCGACACGAGGGCCAUGCGCCACCUCGCUUCAGAGGAUUGGCGAGUUUUAACAGCCGUCGAAAUGGGCAGCAAAAACCAUGAAAUUGUCCCUACGCCCCUGAUUGAGAGGAUCGCGCGGUUACGUGGUGGUGCGAGCGGAGUUCACAAGAGCAUAUCGGCCCUAGCGAAGGUCGGUCUCAUUGCGCGCGUGAAAGAGGCGAAGUACGAUGGCUACAGGCUCACCUACGGCGGCAUGGACUACCUAGCCCUUCACACCUACUCAGCACGAAAGGAGAUCUACAGUGUUGGAAACCGGAUAGGAGUGGGAAAAGAGAGUGACAUCAUGGUCGUGGCCGACGAUAAGGGUGUUCAGAGGGUGUUGAAGAUUCACAGGCUCGGAAGGAUAUCGUUCCGCACUGUGAAGUCGAAUCGAGAUUACCUUAAGAACAGAUCAUCCGGCUCGUGGAUGUAUCUGUCACGGUUAGCAGCGAUGAAGGAGUUUUCCUUCAUGAAAGCGCUCCAAAACGAGGGUUUCCCGGUCCCUGAACCCCUGGGGCAGUCCCGACACACCGUCCUCAUGUCGCUCAUCGACGCUUUCCCUCUCCGGCAAAUCUCAUCAGUACCAGACCCGGCCAGCUUGUACGCCGACCUAAUAGCCCUUCUCCUCAGGCUCGCCAAACACGGUUUAAUCCACGGUGAUUUCAACGAGUUCAACCUGUUGAUUAAGGAGGUGAAGACCACAAGCAAAAACGAGGAGACGAACGAAGUUGAAGAAUCGGUCGAACUUAUUCCCAUCCUCAUCGAUUUUCCUCAAAUGGUGUCCAUGGAGCACCGCAAUGCGGAAAUGUACUUUGACCGAGACGUCGCCUGCGUGAAGCGCUUCUUUGAGAGGCGCUUCCACUUUGUCAGCACAACGCCCGGCCCAUUUUUCAAGGAUGCGAAGAAGCUAGUGGGCAAGGAUGGUGCCACGCGGCUGGACGCCACGGCGGAAGCGUCGGGCUUUACCAAGAAGAUGGCUAAGGAUCUGGAGGCCGCCAUUCGGGAACAAAUAGAGGCACGCGGUGAUGAGGGAGAAGGAUCUGACGAGGGCGACUACGAGGAGAGUGAGGACGACGAGGAAGGCGAGGAGGGAGAGGAGGGGCCGGUGAUAAUAGGUGGUGCGGAAGAUGCGCAAGAGGAACCUUUAGUGGAGGGCACGGCAAAAUUGAAGAUAGAAGAAGGAAAAUAA